AUGACGAGCGAGAGCUGCAGCGACAAGCGCUUCUUCGAUGAGCAUCAACAGGUGCGCGAUCUGGUGCAGAAACUGCUGUUGUCCCGUCCUCAAUUGCCCCAGGACGACGUAGACAGCGCGUUCCUCGCGACGCACGCCACCAUCACUCGAAUCCUGGACAGGUACCAGGAACAGUCCCAUCUACUCGAUCCCUAUCUGCACGAGAUACUGGACCCCCUUCUGGACGAGAUCAAACAUGUAAUGGACCAUCGACACCACGCAGCAACUGUCACAGCAACAGCAGAAGCAGAAGAAGUGCCCGUCAAGAGUGAAGUGGCGUUCCCAUGCCAAGUGUACCACAACCCGCGACUCCACAAGCUGUUCCAACUUGUGUAUCAUUUGUGCAAAGUGCGGGGCUACAAGACAGUGGUGAAGCUGCUGCCUCAUGCCGUGAGUGACUUUGAGCCGACGCUGCAGCUGCUCCAGUCUCAAGACCACAGCGACCACGCGACGUGGGAAACUCGAUACGUCCUGUUGAUCUGGCUCUCCAUGCUCUGUCUUGUGCCGUUCGACCUCCACACGAUCGACUCGUCGUCGUCCAGCACAGCCAGCUACAACUUCAGCGACACGGUCUCCAUCGUGUCCAACAUUGUGACGCUCUGUAAAGACUACUUGAGUGACCCGAGCGCUACGCAACUGGCAGCUGCAGUGUGUUUGUCGCGGCUACUGAGCAGACCAGACAUGGGGCAGCACUAUUUGACGCAGUUUCUCAACUGGGCAAAUCGAGAACUUUGUGCCGCGUGUGAUGGCAAUGAUACGCGUGUGGCGCAGUUCAAAGUCACUGGAAUACUGCUCUGUCUUGCUCACAUUGCCAAGAACUCGCCACGGGAGCAGCACAUUAAAGCCAGUCGUAUCUACUUUGCCACUGUGAUGCGGCAAAUGGCUCAGCUCACUGACGACAGCACGCGAUCGGACUAUACUAGCACCGUGCACCGCAAAUUGGGCAUCAAGCUUGUGCAACGUCUUGGACUACUUUACUUGCCACCAAUGAUACGUCCGUGGCGCUACAGUCGCGGUAUGCGGUCGCUAGAGCUCAAUAUGCAGUCGUUGGGGCUGGCUGCGAGCACUGCUGUCAUCGCGAAUUCGAACACUAGCAAUCGAGAAGCUAGUGGCAAAGAUGUCCAUGAUGAUGCCUUUGAGGUGGUGGCAGAGCUGGAACAGAUCGUUGAGCUUCUUCUGUGUGGAUUGCGCGACAAAGAUACGGUAGUGCGCUGGUCGGCAGCAAAGGGUAUUGGGCGAAUCACUGGCCGUUUGCCGUAUGAGUUCGCGGACGACAUUGUCCAGUCUGUGCUCGAACUCUUUGUGGCCACUGAGGGCGAUGGUGCCUGGCACGGCGCUAGUCUGGCACUGGCUGAACUUGCUCGUCGCGGUGUGUUGCUGCCCCACCGUUUGCCGGACGCAGUGGAGUGUGUGGCGCAUGCACUGAAGUACGAGGUUCGAAAGGGUACGUACAGCAUAGGCUCUCAUGUUCGCGACGCUGCUUGCUACGCGUGCUGGUCGUUUGCGCGUGCGUACGAGCCAUCGCUGCUUCUGCCUUGGCUAAAACAAGUCCUUGCACCGGCCAUGCUGGUCAACUGCGUAUUCGACCGCGAACUGAAUUGCCGUCGUGCAGCAUCUGCAGCUUUUCAAGAAAACGUCGGCAGGCAAGGACGCACCAAUUUCCCGAACGGUAUCGAUCUGCUGACGAAAGCAGACUAUUUUACAGUCGCCAGUUUGCGCCACGCGUACCUCGAUGUGAGCGUCUUUGUUGCAAAGUAUCCAGAAUAUCGGUACUCGUUGCUAGAGCAUCUCAUCAGCUUUAAGAUUGCUCACUGGGACGUCCAGAUCCGCGGUCUUGCUGCUGCUGCGCUGGGUAAGAUCGGGACCUUCGACCCGCCAUUCGCAAUGACCCGCUUGUUCCCGCAACUGCUUGCGUACGCUCUCUCUCCGGAUGCUGAGGUUAUUGUUCGGCAUGGUGCGAUCAUCAGUGUUACAGAGCUCCUCAUGUGUCUGGCUCAGGUCCCUGCGUUCAUUGAUGGGGAGGUGCAAAAGAAGGUGAAGAUGCUGCCCCUUGAGAUCGACAAGCGGCGUCUGUUUCGCGGACGUGGUGGCGAGCUGAUUCGGGCCGCUGUUUGCAAUGUAAUUGAAGUGAUUGCGAAUUCUCGCCUGAGUCUUGGAUUCGUGCAUGUGAAGAAGUAUGUGUCGCUGCUCGAAGAAUGCUUUGUGCAUCCAAAUGACAGCGUCCGUGAUGCUGCUAUUGAUGCGUUUGGUGCCUUCACGACUCAAUACUGUCCCAAGAUAUUUGACAAGGGCAGUCUACCGCAUGUCAGAUACAUGGAAGGUUUGCUGCCGCGAUUCAUGGAGUCGGGGAUCAUGGUGGUAUCCAAGGAGAACGGCGUUUCCGUCCAAGUCCUGAAUCCCAAUGUUGCUGCACGGCGAGGGAUGUUGCGUGCUGUGGGUGUCGCAGCCAACGAACUCGUCCAGCCUUGCCUGAGAGAAGCAGUUGGCGCAGUUUUUCGAUCCAUCGCGCUCCAGGAACGUACUACAGAAGAUGAGGAUCCCGGAAGUCGAGUGGCUGCUGUUCUCGCUCUGGUGGAUUUGUGUUCUCGGCCAUCAGCUGAGCUAGAUCUGAACGACAUGGAAGACGAUGUUGUUCGCGCACUCGUUCGAUCUAUUCAUGCAGACUAUCGAGUCGACGAGCGAGGAGACGUCGGUUCCUGGGUUCGCAAAGAAGCGAUGCUCGGCAUCGAGAAGCUGCUUGUUGGCAAAAGCACUCAUGCGCCACGCUUGCUUGUAGGCACGGUAGCGCAUACGAAGUAUGGUCGCGGGAUGAUCAUUGACAUUGUACCAGAUCGGAAACGCAAGCAUGAAGACGUCAGUGCUUCGACCGAGCUCGAACAUGUAUGCUAUGUCAAGUUUGAGAAGCCCGCUCUAGGCUAUUACUACUUCAGUCCUAGUGGAGUAGGCCUCCUUCGCAUGAAGAGAUCGUUGGAUGGUGAAGCUGGGCAGACGGCAGAAUGUGCGGCGCCGCACCAUAGCCUCGACUCCACGCACCAAACGGAUGCGGAGCACACGAGAGUAGAUCAAAUGUCUUUGAUGCCAUUUGCUCAUCGAGUUUCUCCCGACGUGGUGGGCAUGAUUUUCGAAGCCCUUGCCAAGCAACUAGCUGAGAAGCUGGACAGCAUACGGAUGAUAGCCGGAAGCAUCUUGUUUCGAUUGCUUCAUUCGACGUCGCCUCGCAUUGACGGUAUCCCCGGUCGAGCAUACCUUGAAGAGCAGGUUUUUCCAUCGACUCUGACGGUGAACUGGUCCAUGGCUCACGAUACGUUUCCGCUAGUAGUGAAGAUGAUGGAUGUUCCGGAGCUUCUGGAAGGCGUUGCUGCAGGCCUUGUCAUCAGUGUUGGCGGGUUGACUGAAAACGUCGUCAAGGCGUCGAAAGGGGCCCUUUUUGACUGGGUGCGCGUGCACUUGCAGUCCAAGAACUACGCUUUGCUUCGCCGGUUCAGCUUCUACUUGGUGACACUGCUGACCUGCCACCGCCAGGACGAUCGGGUCACUAUUCCGCUUAUGAAAACGAUUGCACUGCUGCUGGAAUCGAGUCUGUUGCGCUUUCUGUUUGAGGAACACCAGAGAAACAAUGACGGUGCUACUGGACCGACCAACUUUGGCGAACAAUUGUAUGAUGCACUGCGUCACAAGGUACAGAGAUGUGCUGUGGUGCCGAAACUCAGCGCUGCCAUAAGUGUGCUAGUCGGUCUACUUCCAAGCAAUCCUGACACGGAAAACAGGGCUUUGCGAGCUCUCGUGUUGUAUCUGGGACACAAGUUCCCAAAAGUGCGGAAGCUGACGGCUGAGAUGCUCUACACGCGAUUGUUGCUGUACGAUAUCGUCGGCGAAGAAAAGUACGACAGUGUGGUCGAAAUCUUGAGUGACACCGCGUGGGACGCUCCGCUUCCUCAGGUGCGCACUGCUCAGCAUGAGCUGCUAAAACUGCUAGACAUGGAGCUUCCGUCGAAAAAGCGGACCGCCCCUGCAGAGGAAGAAGCAACGGUAGCUACACAGGAAGACGCAGGCUACAACGCCCUGAUCAAGGAAAUGGGCUACUGA